CCACGACUACCAUGCAACUGUUCAAGACGACCGCGCUCGUGGCCGCGAUGGCCGUGACCAUCGCCGCCAGCGCCGUCUCCAACGUUAUUCCUGUCAGUGGCUCCGAGGCUGAGCAGCUCGCCGCAUGCCGGGACGCGUGUAACAAGAACUUGCCGUGCGAGUCGUCCGUGGUCCUCUACAGUGUCUGCUACCUCAAGCGGCCCGACGAGGCGUUUCCCGGUAUCCUCUCGUCGCUGACCAAUACGUCGACAUCGACUCCGACUACGCCGACGCGGAUGUAAAGGACCUUGCUGAUGCCAACGGUGUGGCCAGAUUGUAGCGAAAGCAUCUUCUCAACUAGACAACUGGUCGCAUUUCUUUUCUCAAAAAUCUAGUUUUGUCCGUG